UACUUCUCGGUCAAUGUGAACACCGGCAUUAUAAUGGUCAGCGAACGGAUAGACAGGGAGCAGCUCUGCGGGCAGAACCCUCGCUGCUUCCUCCACCUGAAACUUGCCAUCGAGAACCCAGUAGAGUUUUACCGCAUCGAGGUGGAGAUCCUGGAUAUCAAUGACAACCCUCCAGAGUUCCCCAGUGACGAGGUUUCCUUGCGCAUCUACGAGCUGGCGUCCCUGGGUGCCCGCUUCCCCAUCCAGCCUGCCCAGGACCCUGACGUGGGCACCAACACCUUGCAGACCUAUCACCUGAGUGCCAAUGAGAACUUCAACCUCAAUGUGAAGGCGCGUACAGAUGGUGGGAAGUUCCCUGAGCUGGUGCUGGAGAGGGCCCUGGACCGGGAACUUAGAGCUUUCCACCAUCUGGUCCUGACUGCUGAAGACGGGGGCUCUCCCCCCCAGUCCAGCAAGACACGCAUCACUAUUCAGGUCCUGGAUGCCAACGACAACCACCCGGUCUUUGACAGACCAUCGUACGGAGCCCGCUUGGUGGAGAACUCGCCACUGGGCACCCUUGUGGUGAAGUUAAAUGCCACUGACGUGGAUGAAGGGCCCAAUGGAGACAUCCGUUACUCCCUCAGCAGCCACAACUCAGCUGCCUUACGUCAGAUCUUUGCCAUUGAUGAGCAAACUGGAGAGAUCCGUGUCCAGGGCAACCUGGACUUUGAGGAGGCGACGGUGUAUGAGAUCGAAGUGGAGGCCAAGGACAUGGGGUCACCCACGAUGGAGGAGCACUGCAGCGUGGUGGUGGAAAUCACUGAUGUGAACGACAACGCUCCCGAGGUCAUUCUUACCUCCUUCUCCAGCUCCCUGAGUGAGGACGCACCGCCGGGCACAGUGGUGGCCGUGAUACACGUCAGAGACAGGGACUCUGGUGAUCAGGGCAAGGUCCAGUGUCACGUUCCUCCAGAUCUUCCCUUCCAGCUGCGUAAGGACUAUGAGCACCAGUACUCGCUGCUAACCAGCACCCGUUUGGACCGGGAGCAUAUUGCCUACUACAAUGUCACCGUCUCUGCCUCGGACCUGGGCAGCCCGCCACUCUCCCGCCACACCAUCUUGCCAAUCGCCCUGGCAGAUGUCAAUGACAAUGCGCCUCAGUUUGAGCAAGCGUCCUAUGAAGUGCUGGUGGCAGAAAACAACCCGGUGGGCAGCGUGCUGGUUACAGUCUCUGCUGCUGACCCUGACUCAGAGCAGAAUUCCCGCCUCUCCUACUCCAUCCUGCGAGCUGGUGGGACAGAUCCAGGCCUGGAUCCGACUCGCUACCUCUCCAUACAUCCCACAAGUGGGCAGGUUUCCGCCAAACUCCCCUUUGACUAUGAGCAAACCACCUAUCUCCAGUUCCAUGUGGAGGUCUCUGAUGGUGGCUCCCCAGCCCUGAGGAACAGGACACUGGUUCAUGUUUUUAUAGUGGACCAGAAUGACAAUGCCCCACGGGUGCAUUUCCCCAGGGCUGGGGAGGACUCUGCUACCCAGUUCCGAAUCUCCCCCUCCACCGCCCCUCCUGCUCUCAUCACCAAGGUGGUGGCAAUAGAUGCGGACUCGGGGCGCAAUGCCUGGCUCUCCUACAACCUCGUGGAAGCCACAGACCCAGGGCUUUUCAGUGUGGCCCUGCGCUCUGGGGAGAUCCGGAUCACGCGGGCCCUGCAGGAGACAGAUCCUUCUGCGCACGAACUGUUGGUGGUGGUCCGGGAUGCUGGGGACCCGCCGCUCUCCACAGCUGUCACACUGGUGGUGCUGGUGGAGGAGAAGGGCCCAGAGGCUUUGCAGGGCUCCGAGACUCAGGCCACAGACAGUGGGGGCUUACCCACAAUUACGCUUUAUCUGAUCGUGUCCCUAGUGCUCAUCUCCACCGUCUCGCUGGUGGGACUGGCCGCGCUGGGCAUGCGGUGCCUCCGGCGGGGCUCUGCACCUGCCAACCAGGGCUGCUGCGUGGAGAGUGUGAACACGCUUCAGCCCCCUCCCAGGCACAUUUUUGGGCACUUGCACUAUGAGCCUAAGCAAGGGGACACGGUGAUGGGCGUCCAG